UUAUUGCUUGAGAUUGCAGCAUGUGUUUUGGCAAACUUUUUAGACGGUGACACGCUUGUUUUGCAAUGGUGUAUUGAUAGUUUAAAGACUAGUGAGGCAAUAGAGAUGAAAACUGAGUAAGAAAAGUACGCAUGGUCGCGUAACGACACAGCUUUCCAGUCAUUUAUCACACGAAUUUGUUUUUGCCAUUUGUUCAUGUUGUCCAGUACACUAUAUUUUGCUCCCCCUUUGGCCUUUUGUUGCAUAUCUAAGGAAACAGAUGCAUAUUGAGGGAGAAGUUUUAUUAAUGGCAGGUGUAAUGCACUGUUUUGGUUGAAUCGGUUGUAAGCUUAGAUGCUGAAUUACCUAAUGUGAGACAGAGAGCAUUGCAAAACAUUUUUUUCGGUAACCAGCAAUUUGAUUAUCUUCAAGUAUUUUGAAAACCAGUACACAUAAUCAAGUUGACCAACUACACUCUACAUACUGUAUUACAAAGAAUUUCAAGUUGGAAGAAAAAGUUAAUCCAUUAGCAGAAACUGGCCACAAUGGAGGAAAAAGACGUAGAGAAUGCAGAACAUCAAAAGGAGACAACUAUUUUAACCAGUAAAAAUGAAGAUAAAGCUGACUCAAAAGAUGCCGUGAAGGCAGGGGCAAAUGAUAAACAACCUCAGAAAUCAGGGAGGGAGGAAAAGCCAGGCUUUGCCCGCAUAAAAUCUGAAUUUGUUCGUGUUGACUACAAACCAGAAUUGGAUACAGCCUAUAUAUCUCAGAAAACUAAAGACGAAUUGGAAAAGGGCCAAAAACGUCAGCUGGAUGGCGACCAAGAUAACGGAAAGGGUAAAAAGAAGAUGAAGGUCAAAGGUCGCAACAAACAGCGACCAGUGACCCACAUCAAAUCCAAAGACAAGCUAUGUCCCACCAUAUUCCAAGAAAAAGAGUGCAGUUUUGGCGAGAAAUGCAAAUUCUCCCACGAUAUCAAAGGAUUCAUGGAGAGCAAACCCAAAGACAUUGGAUUGCACUGUUUCAUGUUUGAGACCUAUGGGAAAUGUCCUUAUGGACUGGCCUGUCGAUAUGGCAGCAAACAUAUAUCUGAGGACUUCAAAAAUAUUGUCAAUCAAGAACUCUAUGAGAAAAAAUCUAAGGUGAAGCAAGUUCUGAAUGUUCUGUCAAAAGACCUGCAAGUCAUGCUGUGGAAGAAGAGGUACAACUUUGAUAAGGCCAACGAGGUCGUGAAACAAGUUCAGAAGAUGGCCCAGGAAAAGCUGGACACCUUCUCCAAGAAAUGUGUGACUAAACAAGAAAACAAGGAGACCGCCACCAAGUCAGGCGCUGAAUCUGAGGAAAAAAUGGAUGUUACUCAGGAUCUGCCUAGCAAAGAUGCUGCAAUGGAAAGCACUGAUGAAUCAGAGGGAGAGAUCAAACUAAGACCCCAGGAAACCAGAAAGAUUGAUUUCAGCUCAAAAAACUAUCUGGCUCCACUCACCACAGUGGGUAACCUGCCUUUCCGACGGAUCUGUAAGACGUAUGGAGCAGACAUCACUUGCAGCGAGAUGGCCAUGUCCAUGAACCUCCUCCAGGGUCAGGCCUCAGAGUGGGCCCUAUUGAAGAGGCACGAGAGCGAGGACUUGUUUGGAGUCCAGAUUUGCGGAGGUUGGGCAGACACACUAACGAGGUGUUCACAGCUGAUUAACGAAAAUGUGGAACUAGAUUUCUUGGAUCUGAAUUGUGGGUGCCCAAUUGAUCUGGUAUAUAAAAAGGGUGAGGGUUGUGCUUUAAUUGGUCGGCUUAACAAGUUUGAACAGAUCAUCAGGGGGAUGAACUCUGUACUAGAUGUUCCGCUCACAGUCAAAAUGAGGACGGGAAUUUUCGACAACAAGAAUAUUGCUCAUACUGUCAUUCCUAAACUCAGAGACUGGGGAGUUUCCAUGGUAACCUUGCAUGGUCGCUCACGUGAGCAGCGGUACACGCGUCUAGCUGACUGGGAUUACAUCAACCAGUGCGCCGAGGCAGGCAAACCCAUGCCAGUGUUUGGUAAUGGAGACAUUUUGUCUUAUGAAGACCUGGACAGACACCUGAAAAAUACAAAGGUGACAGGAUGUAUGGUGGCCAGAGGUGCCCUAAUCAAGCCUUGGAUCUUCACGGAGCUGAAGGAGAAGAGACACUGGGACAUCUCCUCGUCGGAGAGGUUCGACAUGAUGAAGCGAUUUGUCAACAACGGACUGGAGCACUGGGGGAGUGACACCCAGGGGGUGGAGACAACACGACGGUUCCUACUGGAGUGGCAGUCCUUCCUCCACAGGUACAUACCUGUAGGACUGUUGGAGCAGCUGCCCCAGAAAAUCAACGAGCGUCCUCCGUACUAUAUAGGUCGUAAUGACCUAGAAACCCUCAUGUCUAGUCCAAACUGUGGGGACUGGGUUAAAAUCAGUGAGAUGUUACUUGGGCCAGUUCCUGAUGGAUUUUCCUUCCUUCCCAAACACAAGGCUAACGCCUACAAAUAAAAGGACUCAGUGGAUUUCUUAUCGAAUCAAUAAAAUGUUUGCAAAAUAUU